CAAUUGGAAGCAAAAUUCAGGAGAGAGAGGAUAGAUCAAAUCAGUGUGCUUCCAGUUGAAUUGCUGUUGAAGAUACUGUCUUGGCUUCCUAUUGACGACUUAGUAGCCACGAGUUUCUUGUCAAAACGGUGGAGAUAUCUUUGGAAAGAAGUGAAUACAUUCAGGUUCGCCCUAUUUACUUACGGAUUCUCAAGAAUAGAGAGCACGAACCUCAGGCUUAACCCAUCACUAUCUCGGGAUUUGCUUGAAACCCUUGUACUCGAGCACCUAGCUCUGGUGGAUGUUCCAGCUAAUGUUUCUUUGGUCUGCCUCAAACGUCUCCACCUUUUGUAUGUCUACUUUCCACGCGACGAAUCUGUGGACAUGCUUUUAAGCAUAUGCCCUCGGCUUGAAGAUUUGGUAGUGUUACAAAGCUCCAUUACCCGUGCGGGGAUAUUUAACAUCAAUGUGCCUUCGUUGAGGAGUUUAUUCUCCUUGGAGAAGUCUUUCAUCGAUUAUUCGACUUGGAGGAGUCUAUCUAUCGAUUAUCCGUUUUUGAAUUUUCUCCCUACCCGUGUUGAAGGGUUUGUGAUUAAUGCACCAUCUUUGAGGCGCUUUGCCAUUAAGGACAGAUCUAGUUCUGCUACGUAUCCUACUACAGGCACUUUUUUCCUCUCUCUUGACCAUCUAGAGCUAUGUUCAUGUUCUGUGGAAUGGUGGAAUCUACUUACUCGUAUACUCAGUGAUGCUCCGAGACUUCGAGUUCUCCAGCUUAAAUUGUUUCAGAAACAUUGUGCUCAGCACAGCGACGAGAUGGCUCCGUGGAGCCAACCUGAUUCUAUCUUGGAGUGGAGACAGUACAACGGCACACAGCAAGAGGGAGAAGCUGCAAAGUACAUCCUAGAAAACGGGAUUUGUUUGAAGAAGGCGACAUUCUACUCGAAAUCUACAAAGAAACAUGGGAUGUUGAAGGAGUUAGAAUGUGUAGCCAGA